CUUGAAACUCAGAAGGCGAUAAUUAUCGAAGGCUUAAUGAAGAAGAGGUGAUAAAAAAAACUCAACCGCAAUGAAUUUUAAUUAAUGAAUGAAAAUCGGAAAAAAAUCUGAAUGACAUUGCGCACUGCCGUUGAACCAAUGGAAGAAAGACUUUUCUUUCAGCCAAUCGGCAGUCUACCUAUAAAACCGACGUGUGCGACGGCGGUGUGGAUUCAUCAUAUUUUUGACAAGAAAGAAGUAUGAAGUUUCACAACAUGUAGAACCGUAUAAUAAUUGUUAUAGUUUCUUCUCCAACGAAAAGUUUCAAAGUUCCAAUGUAGAUUGUAAAUCGUUAUCAAAUUAAAAUUUCACUAUGGAGAAUUCUCUACCCGUAUUCUUACUAUGGACGUUUGUAUCAGUGACUACAGUGCACUCGGUGGACUUUCCCGUUAAUACAUAUUUCCAAUGUCCAAAAGAAUGUGAUGUUUCUAAAUGCAACAAGCUGAGUUACUGUGGCGGGGAUAUAGUCAAGGAUGAGUGCGGAUGCUGUUCCAAAUGUUCCUCGGAUACUUGGAAACAUCCUAAAGUAUCAUCAGUAAAACAAGGCGGUGCAUGUGAGCAAGUAAAAUGUCCAAAAUUAAAAGUCUGUAUGGAGAAUAUGCAAGGACUCCCAUUAUGUACUUGCCCAAAUUUGUUCAUAUGUAGAAGAAGUAACAAACAAGUGUGUGGAAGUGAUGGGAACACGUAUCAGUCCCGGUGUCAUAUGAGAGUGUCCUCAUGUACCUUAGGUAAACGCAUACGAGUGCAACACAGGGGGACAUGUGGAAUGGUCGCCACGCAACACAGUGGUGUAAAUAAAUAUCCCGACGGAGAAUUCGACAUCCGCAGCCGUCGGCGGAAGGACAGAAAACUCGAAAAGAAGAAGAGAAGGAGAGAAAGACAACGAAAGAAGAGACGAAAUAGGAAAAAAGCAAGGAAAAACAAAGAUAAAAAGUUAAAACGUAGAAAGAGGCGCCAUAAUAGAAAGAGACUAUCACAGAGAAAAUUUAGAAAAUCAAAGAAAAGGACAUGACCUGUUGUUAUCAUAGAACACUAAAUACAUUAUUUAUUGUGAAUAUGUUAAAUGAUUUUAUAUUUCUUUUGCAAGUUUUAUCCUUUAUAAAUGGUCAGUAUUCAAAUACAUGUACAUAUAUGUAUCAUCACAGUUCAGUAGACUUUUCCUGCUAAAUACUAAAAUGUUUUACCCUGUCCUUCUGUUUAAUAAACAAAACUAGCUUUUGUAUUGUUAAGAUGUAUACUUUUGUAUUUUGUUAGCCUUAAAGGCACCUUAGUUGUAGAGAAAAUUUGUUUUUUAAUUGUUUACUUAUUUUUAUAUAAAACAUCAAAAGGCUU